GUGUUUGUUUCCUGUAAAACCCCUCUCGAGAUUUUCCGACUCUUGUCCUCCUUAUCCUCUAAAUCUCACCGGUCACCGACGACGGGAACUUGGUAGUUUACAGAAACAAGAAAUGUCCUUGAAGUUCCCUCUCGGUGUACGCUUCAUCACUCAUUCUCUUCCUUGUACUCGUCUCGCUUCUAUGAAUUCUGGCGCACUUAUCUAUUCAUUUCGUUCCGUCCCUGUUCUAUCCAAAGCCUUUCCUUUUAGGUUAAAGUACAUUGGAUUAGGUUCUCGGGUCAAUUUCUCAACCCGACCAGAGAGAUCCCAACCCGAAUUCGGGCGGCGAAGUGGAGCUGGGGGAGAUAUUCGCGCGUCCAAGAGCUUGAUUGAGGAUGAGGCAGAGCUUAGUGAUUGGGUGAGCGAUUUAAGGACUAGUUCGUUGCGUGGGAAGUUCACAAGUGACGAAGAGAACUCGGAUCCAGAGGUGGUGCGUAGAAACGUAGACAGGGACAACAGUAGGGGUCCAAGGAGGGGAAGUGUAGGCCAAUCUGAUAGGUUCGGUGGUGCGAAAAGGGGAAAGGAAGGUGAGAUGGAUAGGUUUGGGAGUCCGAACCACAGGAGAACCAGCGGCGAGCCGGCUGAUUCGUUUAGGAACAAGCGGUUAGGUGAUCGAGAAGGUUCAAGGAACGGUCGUGUCCAAGGAAAGAGUAGUGACUCCUCUUUUCGUGGAAGGAAUGAUAGAAAUGUAGAUUCAGGGUCGUCUUUUCGUGGAAGGAAUGAGAGGAAUGUAGAUUCGGGGUCAUCUUUUCGUGGAAGGAAUGAGAGGAAUGUAGAUUCAGGGUUUAGGAGAGAGCAAGGUUUGGAAAACAACAGGGGCUUGGGGAAACAGACAAGAGGUUUAAAACAGGAAGAGGAAGAUAGUAGUGAAGAGGACGAGGAGAGAGUGUUAUCGGGAACCAUUGAUGAAUUGCUUAGUGAAGAUAGUAGUGAUGAGGAUGAUGAAGAUGAUGAGCCUCUUAUUAAGAAAGCGGCUUCUGCUAAGGCUGUUCAGACUGAUAAGCCAAGUGGUGAACAUGUCAAAACUUCAGAUUCUUACUUGUCUAAGACAAGAUUUGAUCAAUUCCCACUCUCUCCCUUGUCGCUAAAAGCCAUCAAGGAUGCGGGAUUUGAGACAAUGACUGUUGUGCAGGAGGCUACUCUUCCUAUCAUUCUCCAAGGUAAAGAUGUCCUAGCCAAGGCCAAAACAGGCACUGGGAAAACCGUUGCAUUUUUGCUUCCAGCAAUUGAAGCUGUUAUCAAAUCUCCCCCUGCAAGCCGGGAUAAUAGGCAACCCCCAAUUAUUGUGCUUGUGGUAUGUCCUACUCGGGAACUUGCCAGUCAAGCUGCGGCAGAAGCAAACACCUUGCUGAAGUAUCACCCAUCUAUUGGUGUUCAAGUUGUGAUUGGAGGCACAAAGCUUCCUACAGAGCAAAGGCGUAUGCAAACGAAUCCUUGCCAGAUCCUUGUGGCUACGCCCGGAAGGCUCAAAGACCAUAUUGAGAACACUUCUGGAUUUGCAACAAGAUUGAUGGGUGUGAAAGUCCUUGUGCUUGAUGAAGCUGAUCAUCUCUUGGACAUGGGUUUCCGAAGGGAUAUUGAGAGGAUAAUAGCUGCUGUCCCUAAGCAGAGACAAACAUUUUUAUUUUCCGCCACUGUACCUGAAGAGGUCCGCCAAAUAUGCCAUGUUGCUCUGAAACGGGAUCAUGAGUUCAUCAAUUGUGUUCAAGAGGGGACUGGGGAGACACAUCAAAAGGUCACACAAAUGUACAUGAUUGCAUCACUGGAUAGACAUUUCUCGCUUCUAUAUGUGCUUCUUAAAGAACACAUCGCAGAUAAUGUGGACUAUAAGGUUAUCAUUUUCUGUACAACUGCUAUGGUGACAAGAUUGGUGGCUGAUCUGCUUAGUCAGCUAAACCUGAACGUCAGAGAGAUCCAUUCUAGAAAACCGCAGAGUUACAGAACCAGAGUUUCUGAUGAGUUCCGCAAGUCCAAGGCUAUUAUCCUUGUCACAUCUGAUGUAUCUGCUCGUGGUGUCGAUUACCCUGAUGUGUCAUUAGUCGUACAGAUGGGAUUGCCAUCAGACAGGGAGCAGUAUAUACAUAGACUUGGCAGAACCGGGCGGAAAGGUAAGGAAGGGGAAGGAGUAUUAUUGUUGGCACCAUGGGAAGAGUACUUUAUGUCAUCUGUUAAAGACUUGCCCAUCACCAAGUCUCCACUACCGCCAAUAGACCCAGAGGCUGUGAAAAGGGUGCAGAAAGGGCUAAGCCAAGUGGAAAUGAAGAACAAGGAGGCGGCGUAUCAGGCGUGGUUGGGUUACUACAAAUCUCAGAAGAUGAUUGCAAGAGACACGACCAGACUGGUGGAGUUGGCCAAUGAGUUUAGCCGCAGCAUGGGACUUGGCAGCCCACCAGCUAUCCCCAAAAAUGUUCUUGGCAAGAUGGGUCUCAAAAACGUUCCUGGUCUUAGAACCAAGUAGAUAUUGUUUUUUUUACCUAGUGAUCUACUUUGGUCUUAAAACUUUAGUGUUUUGUAAGUGUAUUGCUACACCCUGAAGGCUUUUCUAACCUAAAAGUCCUAUAAAAGUUUACCUUCUUAUGAAGGUCUUUUGUUUGUAA